AUGUUCAAGUUUUUGUAAGUUUUUUUUGGAGUUGUUUUUUUUUAUUCACACAGAAAAGCCACGUGUCAAAAAAUUCGAGAAGAAUACUGUAGAUAAAAUCCAAGAGUUCUCCAAAUAUUUUUUUGGUAAAAAAAACUGUUAGGUGCUAAAAAAGUCGCUCUACAGUACUUCUAGAGUGCUGAAAUUUUGAUAUUUUUAACUUUUUUCGCAGAUUGAACAACAUGUUCUAUCCACAAUACCUCUCAAAAAUUCCCCGUGGCAAAAAUCCUUGAGAAAAUACUGAACGUAUUUUUUAAAUUUUCACUUUUUCCAGACUUUUGGCCACAUUGGUUCCAUUAACCAUUCAACAAUUGACCUCAUCAUGUACUUCGUGUAACUCUAACUCAAAUUCGAACUAUGGUACGUUUACAAACUUUAUUUUUUAGCUGCUUACUGUUAACGCUUAUAUUAGAUAAUUACUUUCGAAAUUAAUUUUACAAAUUUUCAAAAAUAUGUUUAUCAAUGGAGCGCAUUUACCUCAAAAUCAAAAUAGUAUAUGCGCUCUAUUGAUAGAAACUGUAAUUUCCCUGGAACUCUCCAUUCAAACGCCGUGUAAAUUAAUUUUUCGAAAUUAUAACCCCUAACAAAACAGCAUGUUCUAACUUCAGCUCACCGCUUUGCUCGUUCUGUGCCCGGUUAUCUGGGAAACUAUCAAGGUGAUGCAUACACCUCAAACUCGCGCCGUCAAGAAACUCUCCAACUUAACCAAGCAUCUAAUCUUAAAUUUUCCAAGCUUUUCCCUUUGCGAGAAAAUGUGAAUGAAGAUGAGCCGAUAAUUAUUGAAUUUGUGGAAGAAGAUGAUUUGGAGAAGAAUUCGGAGGGAUCUAAACAACAUCAAAGUCAAGAUCUGAAUCAGAAGCAAAAACCACAGUACGAUUACGUGGCUUUCAAUAUUCAUCCAAAUGGAGAUAUUUUACAUCAACAAGGCGAUAUGAAAUAUGAAAGUGAAGCAACUCGUGCAAUGAUUGAGGCACUUAAGAAAAACGAUCCAGGAUUUCAUCGAAACAAUCAACAUUUUCAGAUGGAUUUUGUACCGCAUAGAUUUAUCAAAUAGGUUCAAUUUGCUAUUAACACAAAUAUAUUUGUACAUUUUGAUGACAGCUUUUAGCUUUAUUUGCUUUCUUACCUAACCUAACAUUUUUUAUAUAAUAAUGUGCAGAUAGAUAAGAUUUGUUGACAUUUGAUAGAUAGAGAAACUUGAUCUAUGUAAUUGAAAUGUCAAACAAAUCUGAUCUUUAUGAGAUUUCUUGUAUAGUUGGAUAUGGAUUUGAGGAAUGAGGGUUGAGAAAAAAAUAAAAUGUAUAUAUAUGAAAAAUUUUGGAACAAAAAAUUCCAAUUCAGGGAACCCUAACUUCAACAACCUUGAAUUUAAGGUUCUACCUCCUCUCUUUAAAUCCAUAUUCAAAUAUAUUUUCUUGCCUGUCUAAUACCAAUGUCUUUCUCCUUUUUCAUCCAAUAUCAUUCAAUAAACACAUUAACUAUUGUUUUUUCAUUAUUAGGUUCUUCUUCCUACACAAACACAGCACAAUCCGACGAUUCUUCUUCUUCGAGUGUUCCUGGAUAUUUACCCGAUUAUCAAGGCGACAAAUACACGAAUCAACAACGAAUUUUGGAUACUCAAGCGCUUAACAAAGCCUUUUUCGAUUCGAUUGGCGGAGCACCAUCUCCACCACCAUUGACACCAGCACAACAAGGAAUGAAUUCAACUUCUUCGAAUUCUUCUUCUAGCACUGGAUACAGUAAUACUCAACAACAAUACAGUAAUACUGCUUCUACAUCUUCUACACAAAACACAAACCAAGUGUAUUAUAAUCCAUCGAGCAGUCAACAACAACAAUACAGUACUCAACAAUACGGUAGCUCGAAUAAUAAUAAUAAUCAACAAUACGGUAGCAAUGGACAACAACAGCAAUACAGUACCCAACAGUACAAUACUAAUGGCCAACAGCAACAAUACAGUACCCAACAAUACGGUAACAAUGGCCAACAACAACAACAAUACAGUACUCAAUCGUCAUCAAACUGCAAUUAUUGUCGCUACCGUCGUUUUUCGAAUUUCCGUUUUCACUAAACCCAUAUAAUUUUCCCUGAAUAUUUACUGGUCUUGAUUUCUUUUCUUUUUUUUGAAUGAAUGAAUGAAUGUAUUUUUACCAAGAAUGAGAAAUGCAUGGAUUUUCAGAGUGAUACACAAAAAUUUAAUUCACAGGAUUCAAUCAUUCAGGUCUAUUUUUUCAAAAGUUCUAUGAGGUUACUGUAAAAAUUCUCGAAUCGAAAUUUUUAUUGUUAAACGUGACCUAAUUCCGAAAAAAAAAUUUAAUAAAUCAUUUUUCGGUUUCUAAAAAUUUCAAAAAAAAAAAACAUUUGUUGAAUUAUUUCUUUGUAUAACAUUCUUUUUGAAAAUUCAAAAUUCUAGAGAAAACUUACAGGUUCCGCAACAACUCUUUACGUGCCAGCCUCCUCCUACGGAUAUUCAACAACAUCUUAUAACCCGAAUCCGACAACAACAUCGAGUUUUUACACAAAUCCAACAACAGUACUUGGCCAACAAUACGAUUCAGUUUCCUCUUCAAAUUCAAAUUCCAAUCAAAACCAAAAUCAAAACUCACCAUAUUAUUAUCAAAAAGUUCCAUCAACUCAAGAAUAUAAUUCAAUUCUUGGAAUAAACGCCGGAUUUCCACAAUAUGUGCAACAACAGCAACAAUUUUAUGAUAAUAAUGGAAAUGGGGCAAGUUCAGCUUCUCCUUCUUCUUCAUCUUCUUAUAUGACAACUAUGCAAUAUACAAGUUCUAGUCCAAGUUAUAAUACAAACUCGAACACAAUGCAAUAUAUUUCAUCAACUCAAAAACCAUCAACUCAUUAUGGUUCGAGUUACAGUACAUCACAAUAUUCUUCUUCGAGUUCUGCACAACCAUCUUAUGGAUCAACAACAAUCUCACCAAUUCUUUAUGAUCAAACUACCUCCUCCUCGUCUUCUUCCUCAUCUCAAUUACCAUCAUAUUCUUCAGAUAGUAUUUCUUGUUGUUCUCAAGUUUCAUCAACUUGUUGUUAUCAAUUAAAUCAACAACAAGGAUAUGGAAGUCAAUCUAAUGUUAUGUACAGUCCUUCUGUUUAUCAAUAUGGAGGACGAAAAUAG